AUGUCAUCGGAUACAGUAGUAGAUGCAUUGUUGCUUCUGAGGGCCUCAGUGCUUCAUGGAACACAGCCACGGCUUUUCAAGAAAGAUGAAGAAUCUGGGUCUUUUGAAGAGGCAGUAUCUCUUGAAGAAGCGACACAUUUAGGCUUUUCUGGAGGGGAAAUGGUUGGUUUAAGGGAUACAACACGGUUUGUGAGGCGUGCAACGGGUGAGGCGUUUGAUGUACAAGCAAUCUAUUUUGCAUGGUUGUUACGAGAUGCAAAUGUUGCAGAAUAUAUCCAGCGUUGUGGAGAAGCAGAUGUCCGUAAUUUGUCAUUUCUUGAGAAGACAGAUCUAGUUGCUUGGCUUGAUGGUGCUCCUGAAAGUGAGCAUGUUUUGCCUCUGGAUGAUGAUGCAGCCAUUCCAGCUGCUGCAAUUGCUUUGCCAGUAGGUGCAUCGGUUCGACGAGUAGGAUUUGAACGACCUGAGCGCAGUUCUGUGCUUUUAAAAAUUUAUGCACAAGAACGGACAAUUGUGUCUCGUUCGACAGUUUUGCGCGGGUUGAAGCCAAUGGAUUUUUCAGCCGUGCGGAAAGAUGCAUAUGAGCAUUUUAUUUCUAAAAUGCGUAAUAAACAAGCAUCUCCAAUAGAGAAUAAGCAGAAACGCCGAGAUCCAAUCAUUCUUCUGUCUCCAUCUGCAUCUUCUCUUUUAACAAUGCAUAAUAUUAAACGGUUUUUGGAAGACGGUGUUUUUGUGCCUCCGGAACAAGCAAUGCAGAUGAAUGGAGGCAGUCGGAGUGCAGAAUUGGUAGCGAUCUCACAUAUAUCACGAAUUGCAAAGGGCUUAUCGUAUCGAUUUGUCAUUGUGCAAGGUGUUGACAAAUUUCGACCAGAUUAUUGGGAUCGUGUAGUUUGCGUGUUCACUACUGGACAAGCAUGGCAAUUUAAAGAAUACAAAUGGUCAGAACCACGAGAGUUAUUUCAUCAUGUUAAGGGCUUUUUAAUCCAGUAUGUUGGUGAUCCACCGCAUCCAGCAACAAAAGAAUGGAAUGUUGAGUCGGUCCGUAUUGAAAAGAAUCGUCGCCACACUGAUCGAGAAGUUGUUAGUCGUCUUUGGGAGUCCUUGGAGCGUUGGAUGGAUAAUCAUCCUGUUUGGAGAACUAUGGGAAGACCCAGUAAUCGGGUCUGA